AUGUCUGGGCAGAGGCAGCCCAAGGUCGUGCUCUUCGACAUUGGUGGUGUCUGUGUAGUCUCUCCCUUCCAAGCCAUCCUUGACUAUGAAUUGAGUCUAGGCAUCCCGCCGGGAUGGGUCAACUACUCCAUCUCCAAGACUGCCCCCAAUGGGUUCUGGCAUCGUCUGGAGAGGGGUCAGAUUCCCAUGGAUGACAAGUUCUUUGAAGGUUUCAACAGGGAUCUUCAUGACUCUACGCGAUGGGAGGCGUUCUACCGGCAACAGCAAGAAAAGAACCCUUCAUUGCCCAAAGAGGUGCCUGUAUUGCCAAAGCUCGACGGCGAAUGGUUGUUUGUUGAAAUGAUGCGAGCGUCCGACUUUCCGGACCCAUGGAUGUUUCCGGCACUUGAGAAGCUCAAAGCAAGCGGCAAAUACAUCCUGGUGGCGCUCAGCAAUACGGUUAUAUUCCCGCCAGGUCACGAGCUGCAUCAAGAGGACUUUUUCGACCACCCCGUGAAGAAAGUAUUUGACGUAUUCAUCUCCUCAGCACACGUCGGGCUGAGGAAACCGGAUCCAGAGAUAUACGAGCUCGCCGUCAGAGAGUCGGACCGCUACGCCAGGGCGCAUGCCGAGACGAGGGGCAAGACGCUCGGCUGGGAAGACGGUGUUAAGCCGGAGGACAUUCUCUUCCUCGAUGAUAUCGGCGAGAACCUCAAAGCCGGCAGAAAGCUGGGGUUUAGGACGAUCAAGGUCCCGUUAGGGCGUGCAUACGAAGCGGUCGAGGAAUUAGAGAAAGUCACAGGACUGGCGUUAGCGGGCGGUCAUCCCAAAAUCCCCGUCGAGCCGAACAUGAAGGGAACCCACGCCAAGUUGUGA